CGAUUCCGCGUUUCCAGUCAAAUUCAUUAUCGUACGCACCCGUGUAAAAUCCAACGGAUUGUGCAAAGCCAACUCUCUCAUAUCAAGAAUUCCUGAGAACUAAAUAUGGCUACUGCUGCUGCUUUUUCUUCUUCUUCUUCUUCGUCCGCACUGUUGUUCAAAUCCUCGGAUUAUUAUCUCUGCAAGUCGAUCAAAUCAACGGAGCUCUUUCCUCUCCGAUGGACGAGGUCUGUGCUCAGUGCUACUCCUUUGAGAAUCAAGCAGCUGAGGCAAAAGCAUGAGAAGGUCUCCUCUUCCGCAUUAUCUGUUGUGUGCAAGGCAGUGUCUGUUAAGCCUGAGACUGAGGUUGAAGGCCUCAAUAUUGCCAGCGAUGUAACUCAGCUUAUUGGGAAAACACCAAUGGUGUACCUAAAUAAUAUUGUAAAGGGGUGUGCUGCAAACAUUGCUGCCAAGCUUGAAAUCAUGGAGCCAUGCUGCAGUGUUAAGGACAGGAUAGGUUACAGUAUGAUUGCUGAUGCUGAGCAAAGGGGGCUAAUAACACCUGGAAAGAGUGUUCUUGUGGAACCUACAAGUGGAAACACAGGCAUCGGCCUUGCAUUUAUAGCUGCUUCAAAGGGUUAUAAACUUAUCUUGACAAUGCCGGCAUCCAUGAGCUUGGAAAGAAGGGUUCUCUUGAAGGCGUUUGGAGCUGAGCUUGUUUUAACUGAUUCGGCGAAGGGAAUGAAGGGAGCAGUUCAAAAAGCUGAAGAGAUCUUGGCAAGCACACCUAAUGCCUACAUGCUUCAACAAUUUGACAAUCCUGCAAAUCCAAAGAUUCACUAUGAGACUACUGGUCCAGAAAUUUGGGAAGACGCAAAUGGUAAGGUGGAUAUUUUUGUUGCCGGCAUUGGAACUGGUGGAACCAUUUCUGGAGUUGGUCAGUACCUUAAAGAGAAAAAUCCUAAAAUAAAGGUUAUUGGUGUAGAACCUACAGAAAGCAACAUUCUUUCUGGUGGAAAACCUGGUCCUCACAAGAUUCAGGGCAUUGGAGCUGGUUUUGUACCAGAGAAUUUGAACGAGGACAUUGUUGAUGAAGUCAUAGAGAUAUCCAGUGAUGAAGCUGUUGAAACUGCAAAGCAAUUAGCUCUCCAGGAAGGCUUGUUGGUUGGCAUAUCUUCCGGAGCGGCAGCUGCUGCUGCAAUGAAGGUUGGAAAGAGACCCGAGAAUGCUGGGAAGCUUAUUGCAGUUGUUUUUCCUAGCUUUGGAGAACGGUAUCUCUCAUCUGUUCUUUUCCAGUCAAUUCGAGAAGAAUGCGAAAAAAUGCAGCCUGAGCUUUGAUGAUUUUCUUUAAAUAAAUUGUUUGUUAACUAAGAAGCAUGUCUUUUUUGUUUCCCGACGUGCAUUUGAAGAACAUUUUCUUCAUCAUUUGCUGGGCAUAAUAAGAUUUGCUGCUCCACAGUUCCUCGUGCACUAGAAACCACUUAUUUGAAGAUGAAGUUCUGUAGUAAUCUCAAUUUAUGUUUUCCUCUGGAUGUGCUGACAUCUCCUGUUUAGAUAUAUGCAUAAAGAUCCAUCAGUCUAGCACAGACUGAAUCACAUGGAAGUCCUUGCUGAAUUCUGGAACGCAUAUUUUAUUAUGAUUUUCAAAUC